AUGACCGAAUUUCGCAGAAUUGGUGCUGGUUUCUGCGGCACUGUUUGGACUUCAACCUCCGAACAGAGCGUUCAUUUCGGCUACGCGUUCAAGCGGGAGGAUGGCGGUCCCGGCAGAUCGCUGCUCAACGACUCGAGAAUGCACCAAGACAUCCUCAAGGCCCACAAUGUGACCGCAGUGGAGGUUUCGGUUCCCUACUUUGGGAGAUUCAUCAAUUCCGAAGACGAGUGGUGGACUGCUAACCUCAGGUAUUUUCCAUCAGGAUACACACCUUGCAACACGAUCAUGGCAGAACGCAUUCCCGCCAUACCUCAGGAUGCCAGGGAGCUUUUGAUAGACAAAUACUGUCCCGAAAAACUCGCCGAGGAGAUUAAAUGCAGUGUAACUAAUCAGGACUGCCUGAUCCGGCCAUAUCUUGGGAGACGCCGACACAAUACCCGUCCCUCGCGAUUCGCCGCCUUCUCACUGCGAAACUAUCCGCUUCACCUGGAUCAGAUGGAAGAGCUUGGCCUCAGCUCAUACUUGAGUCGUUACGCGGAGAUCAUGGCGGAGACGCUCGCCAUGAUGCAUUGGGCGGCUGCAAUAGACGCGAAUGAUGUCGAAUUCGUCCUCGCACCGCCACGAGAGAAGGGCUGUUCAUCAGUCAUAUCGAACUGCUUGGGCAAUCACGUCAUGUGGAUUUUGGAUUUUGAUUGCUGCCGGAAGAUGUCAUUUGACGAUGAUGGCAUUGAUCAAGCCGUGACGGCGUUCUUCAAGAACGACCCGUUCUUUCCUCGUCCAGGCCAAGAUUUAUGGGAAUCCUUUCGUCGCAGAUAUAUCCUCACCAGUAUCAGGAUAUUACAAGACCAGUUCGAUGGCUCUUCCCCGGGCCUGCCACUAAAAUUUGUCCAGCGGGUCGAAGAGUGGUCAAGAACCGAGAGUGCCCGAUUACCUCCGAGCUGGUGUGCCACGGAUCCAGAGGACGAGAAAAAGUAUUUUGUCACUGUUGGCCAGCUUCCUGAUAUUCGACGAACGGAAACACCAUCGAGCCCAGUGUCGUCCAGCGGCAAUACCGCGACAGGAGGGCAGCAGGACCAGCGUCAAAGGCUUCUUUCGCAAGAGUCGACGAUUACGACGACAUCAUCAUUUGCGGAACGCCAGCAGGCGGCUAUUGGGGCGAACGCAUCAUUUCGAGAGAUAGGAAGAAGUUCGGUUGGAAAGACUUUUGAGAAAACCGGCACCAUCUGGGCGUAUAAGAUUUUGCUACUCAAUCGAACGGACAAGCUUUGGAACAACUAUCUCAUGCCAAAACAGCUUUGA